UGUUCUGACUGAAACAGCGAACUGAGUCCGUGCCUGCGCACCCCGGAGUGUACCCGGAGUCUGCCAAUGUACCACAUCUCCUCCGGUCAACCGCCGCCAAGAUGGAAAUCACCACCUUCCAAAUCGCCCCCAAAAUGGUCUAACCUGCACUUUUCGCACACUUAAAGUAAAAAAUUAGCGUUUGUUCCAUCUUGGCGGUGCUCAGUGCCAUCACACAAUGAACCGUCUGGGCAACAUCCGCUUGCCGCCUCUCUCCGCCGCCGUCAACGUGGCCGGACAGACCUUCCGCCAGAUGAUCCCCGAGCGGGCCCCCGGACACGAGCGCGUCCACUUUGCACAAGUCAACCACACCACACAUGGGGGCACCACCGACGAGCACCACGAGAUGACCAACAUUAAGCAGACCACCAACCCCUUCCUCCAGGAGAACUUCGAGGCCGAGGACAGCUUCAACGAGGACCUCAAGACCCGCAUGUCCUCGGUCGACUUCUCCGAAGGCUCCGACUUUGUCGAGGGGAAGUCUGAUGUGAAGAUCAGCGAGUAUCAGGCCGCCUGGAACGUCACCAACGCCAUACAGGGCAUGUUUAUCGUGUCGCUGCCAUUUGCGGUCCUCCGAGGGGGCUACUGGGCCAUCGUUGCCAUGGUGGGCAUCGCCUACAUUUGCUGUUACACUGGCAAAAUCCUGGUGGAAUGUCUCUACGAAUUUGACGUCCAAACAGGACGCCAAGUCCGAGUCCGAGACUCUUACGUUUCAAUCGCUAAAGCUUGCUUUGGCAAAAAAUACGGCGCUCGGAUUGUAAAUAUAGCCCAAAUUAUCGAACUCCUGAUGACUUGCAUCUUGUACGUGGUGGUCUGUGGCGACCUGAUGAUCGGCACCUUCCCAGAUGGGGCUAUAGACACCCGAUCGUGGAUGAUGCUAGUCGGGAUUUUCCUCCUCCCUUUAGCGUUCCUCAAGACCCUCCAGAGCGUGAGUCUGCUCUCGUUCUGGUGCACGAUGUCCCACAUCCUCAUCAACGCCAUCAUCCUCGGCUACUGCCUCCUCUACAUCGGCGACUGGGGCUGGGGCAAAGUCAAGUGGUCGCUCGACCUGGAGAACUUCCCCAUAAGCCUCGGCGUGAUCGUCUUCUCCUACACCUCCCAGAUCUUCCUCCCGACCCUUGAAGGCAACAUGGAGGACCCCUCCAAGUUCCAGUGGAUGCUGGAUUGGUCCCACGUGUGGGCCGCCGUCUUCAAAGCCCUCUUCGGCUACCUCUGCUUCCUCACUUUCCAGAACGACACCCAACAGGUCAUCACCAACAACCUCCCCUCGGCCGGUUUCAAGGGCCUGGUGAACAUCUGCCUGGUCAUCAAGGCCCUCCUCAGCUACCCUUUGCCCUACUACGCCGCCUGCGAGCUGCUCGAGCGCGCCUUUUUCCGGGGAAAACCCAAAACGCCCUUCCCCACCAUCUGGGCCCUUGAUGGCGAGCUGAAGGUAUGGGGGCUGGCGUGCAGGGUGGGGGUUGUGGUUUUUACCAUCCUCAUGGCCUGCUUUAUCCCGCAUUUUGCCAUUUUGAUGGGGUUUAUUGGGAGUUUUACGGGGACGAUGCUUAGUUUCAUUUGGCCGUGUUAUUUCCAUUUGAAAUUGAAAAGGGAAGGGAUGGAUUCAAGGACGGUGGCUUUUGAUUAUUUUAUCAUUUCCCUCGGUAUGCUUUUCGGGUUUGUCGGGAUUUACGACUCGGGGAGGGCCCUAAUUAACGCCUUCCAGAUCGGGCUUCCCUUUUAAAAACCCACCUUCAGUAAAUACGGACAUGGUUACCAACUGCUAUUGUCAAUUCGUACGCUUUUAGUCUAGAGAGGCGCAAUAAAUGAUUCAAUUAUUCUCACGUCCUGCGAAACGGGAAAAUUGUGCUUUUUUUAAAGAUAAUACCGGGAUUGUGAUUCUUGUCGUCAGGUUGGCAGCAAUUUUGACUUCAAAUUUAGUUUUUGUUCUGUAAUCUGGCUGAUGAAGAUUAAAACAGUAAAAAUUUUGCCGUUUCGUGGGGACGACAGUUUGUAUUUACUGAAAUAAGGGUUGGUGUUCGUGGGGUCAACGAGUCUUCCAUUACAGAUAGCAAAGUUUGCCUUCAACCCUCAAACGAGCAUUCAAUUUGUCUUCCAAUUAGGAAUUAGAUGUUCUAGUAUCUUAAAUACGUAUUAGGUAAAAUGUGGAAUUCACAAUAUCAUUUGAUUAUUUCGCAAAAAUACGGGUGGCAACACUGGUCAAGUAUUUAGAACUUCGGUACAGGCAACGUUAAUUUCGUGUGACCAAAUUAUUCAUUGCUGUGAUUGUAACAGUCUUCCAGAAGAAAUAUCCUGUAACCAAUUCCGGCGCGAAAAGCAAUAAUUGGGGAUUUUUUGCCGAAUUACAGGACACUUUUCAGAUGUAUUAAACGAUGUCUUCCAUUUAGCCUCUAGUGUAUGUCUUCCAGAAAUUAUUUGUAACUGUUUGUAUGUGUACGAUGUGUAAAAAAAGGAGUCACUAUAUUAUACAAAUUCUGUUACGCUGUAUUUAUAUAAUUGUUAGUAACUUGUUACAAAUUGUUAUAAAGUGUGCUAGUCUAGAUUCAUUCCAUUUUGUACAGGAGGAACUGGUUUUAGUUGAAAUUCAUUCGAUUUGUUUGAAUUUUUAUACAUAUCAUUACACGUAAUUGUGACAUUUAGAAAGUGAACUGUACAAUAAGUAACUGUAACACUAGUUGUUGGCGAGUUGUAAAAAAUGUGUAAGACUAAAUAAACCGUGGAUAACACAA